AUGCCCGCCGUCGGGAAGAAGGCGAGGACGAAGACGAAGACGAAGAAGCAGCGCCGCGAGAAAUCGUUACAACUGGCCGCCGCACGAAUCCUCAAAGAGGCAUUGAUACCGCCGCCGCUGCCAGUCAUGGACUCCCAAGCCAGGCGAAAUAUUGUAAUCGUCGGUGGUGGCAUCAUUGGUUCCACAACUGCCUACUUCCUCACCAGACACCCCAAGUACAAUCCCGCCCUGCACCGUAUCACAAUCCUCGAGGCCACAGCGGUCGCGUCCGGGGCCUCGGGCAAGGCAGGCGGCCUGCUCGCCCUCUGGGCCUACCCGCAGUGCCUCGUGCCGCUGUCGUACCGCCUACACAAGGAGCUCGCCGCCGAGUACGGGGGCGAGAAGCGAUGGGGAUACCGCCGAGUGAACUGCGGAAGCUUCGAGGCCCUCGUCACCAAGCAGAUGCUUGAAAGGUCGAGGCAGGCCGUCGCAAAGCCGGAGGCGGUCGCGCCCGGCGCCAAUGACGGCGAGCAGGAGAAGGGCUGGGAGAGGCUGCCGAAGCAGGACGACGCCGCCGAGUCCAUGCUAGAAGAGUCGGUGCUCCCGCGGGACCUCGACUGGGUCGACAGGGACGCCGUCGAGUCGUACUCGGAGAUGGGCAUGCCGGGAGCCACCGAGACGGCGCAGGUGCACCCGUACCUCUUCACUACGUCGAUGGCGGCGCUUGCGCAGGACAAGGGUGUCGAGAUCCGCACCAACGCGCAGCUCACGGCCAUCGCCUCGUCCGGCGAGGGCGUCACAGGCGUCGAGUAUCUCGACCGCGACUCGGGAGAGACGCGCACCAUCGAGGGCGUGACGGAUGUCCUCGUGUCGGCGGGGCCCUGGACCGGCCGCCUGCUGCCCGCCUCCAAGGUUACCGGCCUGCGGGCCCACAGCGUCGUCUACAACGCCAACGUCAGCCCAUACGCCGUCUUCACCAGCAUCAAGCUCCCGGCCGACUUCGUGCCGGAGCACCGCGCCAGCAAGGGUCAGAAGAGGAAGCACAAGCGGGUCGUCGACCCGGAGAUCUACGCCCGUCCGGACGGCGAGGUGUACGCCUGUGGCGAACCCGACGAGAACGCGCCCCUGCCGGAGACGGCCGACAAGGUGCAGGUGGACGAGGCCAACUGCGACGACAUCAUCUCCUACAUCGCCACGGUCAGCCCGGCGCUGGCCGCGGCGUCCAUCAAGGCGAAGCAGGCCUGCUACCUGCCGCAGCACGACUCGGGCCCGCUCAUCGGCGCGACGUCGGUCCCCGGCCUAUGGAUGGCGGCGGGACACACGUGCUGGGGCAUCCAGAACGGCCCCGCCACGGGCAAGUUGAUAUCCGAGUACAUUCUCGACGGCAAGCCCACCAGCUCCGACAUCUCGUCCCUGGACCCGCGGCGGUUUAAGGUGUAG